GCUACUGCUCGCUCUGGCUGCUGCCGCCGCCGCCGCCACCACCGCCGCCACCACCACAGCUCUCUUCUGCUGCGGGGCCACAGCCUUGAGUGUCAUUCAAGGGACAGCACAACCUCACCCAAGCUCUCCUACCUCUGCCCAGCCGUCCCUGUCAUCCUCCCCCUUCCUCGUCCACACUCCAUCCAAAGAAGAGGGAAAGCACCGAACAGAGGCGGGAGGAAGGCAAAGUCUGCUCUUCUCACCUCUUGGCCCCCUGGCUCCUCCAUCCUCAUUCUCUCAGCACCAACUCCCCUACCCCAAAGGAAUCCCUCAGGAGCUGAGGCGACUCACCCCACUGCCAUGUCCAAAAGCUUGAAAAAGAAAAGCCACUGGACUAGCAAAGUCCAUGAGAGUGUCAUUGGCAGGAACCCGGAGGGCCAGCUGGGCUUCGAACUGAAGGGGGGCGCCGAGAAUGGACAGUUCCCCUACCUGGGGGAGGUGAAGCCCGACAAGGUGGCCUAUGAGAGCGGCAGCAAGUUGGUGUCUGAGGAACUGCUGCUGGAAGUAAACGAGACCCCCGUGGCGGGGCUCACCAUCAGGGACGUGCUUGCCGUGAUCAAACACUGCAAGGAUCCCCUCCGGCUCAAGUGUGUCAAGCAAGGAGGAAUUGUUGAUAAGGAUCUUCGUCACUACCUCAACUUACGAUUUCAGAAGGGUUCUGUGGACCACGAACUUCAGCAAAUCAUUCGUGACAACCUCUACCUCCGCACGGUGCCAUGCACCACAAGGCCACAUAAGGAGGGUGAGGUUCCUGGAGUGGACUAUAUUUUCAUCACUGUUGAAGAUUUUAUGGAAUUGGAGAAAAGUGGUGCUCUCCUAGAAAGUGGGACUUAUGAAGACAAUUACUACGGUACCCCAAAGCCUCCAGCAGAACCAGCACCAUUGUUACUAAAUGUAACAGACCAGAUACUUCCUGGAGCCACUCCAAGCACUGAAGGAAAACGAAAAAGGAAUAAAUCAGUGAGCAACAUGGAGAAAGCAAGCAUAGAGCCUCCGGAGGAGGAAGAGGAAGAGAGGCCUGUGGUCAAUGGAAAUGGAGUAGUAGUAACACCAGAAUCCAGUGAACAUGAAGACAAGAGUGCAGGUGCCUCAGGGGAGACACCCUCCCAGCCUUACCCUGCACCAGUGUAUAGUCAGCCCGAGGAGGUGAAGGAAGAGAUGGAUGAUGCCAAGCCAACUAAACCUGAAGAACAUGAGGAAUCAGACGCAUUGCCUGAUAACUGGGAAAUGGCCUAUACGGAGAAGGGUGAAGUCUACUUCAUUGACCAUAACACAAAGACAACAUCAUGGCUGGAUCCACGACUUGCGAAAAAGGCUAAACCUCCAGAAGAAUGCAAAGAAAAUGAGCUUCCAUAUGGCUGGGAAAAAAUCGAUGAUCCCAUAUAUGGCACUUAUUAUGUUGACCACAUAAAUAGAAGAACACAGUUUGAAAACCCUGUCCUGGAAGCAAAAAGGAAGCUACAGCAGCAUAACAUGCCCCACACAGAACUUGGAACAAAGCCCCUGCAGGCCCCAGGCUUCCGAGAAAAACCACUCUUUACCCGGGAUGCAUCCCAGCUGAAGGGAACAUUUCUCAGCACCACACUGAAAAAGAGCAACAUGGGGUUUGGAUUUACCAUCAUUGGUGGAGAUGAGCCUGAUGAGUUUCUGCAGGUGAAAAGCGUGAUUCCCGAUGGGCCUGCAGCACAGGACGGAAAAAUGGAAACGGGUGAUGUCAUUGUCUAUAUUAAUGAAGUUUGUGUCCUUGGACACACUCAUGCAGAUGUAGUCAAACUUUUCCAGUCUGUUCCUAUUGGUCAGAGUGUCAACUUAGUGUUGUGUCGUGGCUACCCUUUGCCCUUUGAUCCUGAAGAUCCUGCUAACAGCAUGGUACCACCCCUUGCAAUAAUGGAGAGGCCACCUCCAGUGAUGGUCAAUGGAAGACAUAACUAUGAAACAUAUUUGGAGUACAUUUCUCGGACCUCACAGUCGGUUCCAGAUAUAACAGAUCGGCCGCCUCAUACUUUGCACUCAAUGCCAGCUGAUGGUCAGCUAGAUAGCACGUAUCCACCACCUGUCCAUGACGACAAUGUAUCUAUGGCUUCAUCUGGGGCCACCCAAGCUGAACUUAUGACCUUAACCAUUGUGAAAGGUGCCCAGGGCUUUGGCUUCACCAUUGCAGACAGUCCUACAGGACAGCGGGUGAAACAAAUACUUGACAUUCAGGGAUGCCCUGGCCUGUGUGAAGGCGACCUCAUUGUUGAGAUCAACCAGCAGAAUGUACAGAACCUGAGCCAUACGGAAGUAGUGGAUAUACUUAAGGACUGUCCCAUUGGAAGCGAGACUUCUUUGAUUAUCCAUCGAGGAGGUUUCUUUUCUCCAUGGAAAACUCCAAAGCCUGUAACGGACCGAUGGGAGAAUCAAGGCAGUCCUCAAACGAGUUUAUCUGCUCCGGCCAUACCGCAGAACCUGCCUUUCCCACCCGCCCUUCACAGGAGUUCCUUUCCUGACUCAACAGAGGCCUUUGACCCAAGGAAGCCUGACCCAUAUGAGCUCUACGAGAAAUCUAGAGCCAUUUAUGAAAGUAGGCAACAAGUGCCACCAAGGACCAGUUUUCGAAUGGAUUCCUCUGGUCCGGAUUACAAGGAGCUGGAUGUUCACCUUCGCAGGAUGCAGUCUGGAUUUGGCUUCAGAAUCCUCGGGGGAGAUGAGCCUGGACAGCCUAUUUUGAUUGGAGCCGUCAUUGCCAUGGGAUCAGCCGACAGAGACGGCCGCCUACACCCAGGAGACGAGCUCGUCUAUGUGGAUGGGAUUCCAGUGGCUGGCAAGACCCACCGCUAUGUCAUCGACCUUAUGCACCAUGCAGCCCGGAACGGGCAGGUCAACCUCACUGUGAGAAGAAAGGUGCUAUGUGGAGGGGAGCCCUGCCCGGAGAACGGGAGGAGUCCAGGCUCCGUGUCGACCCACCACAGCUCUCCUCGCAGCGACUACGCAACCUACACCAACACCCACACCAACAGCAGCGCCUCUCCCCCCGAAGGCUUCGCCUCCCACAGCCUGCAGACCAGUGACGUGGUCAUUCACCGCAAAGAGAACGAGGGCUUCGGCUUUGUCAUCAUCAGCUCCCUGAACAGGCCAGAGUCCGGAUCCACCAUAACUGUGCCACAUAAAAUUGGACGCAUCAUUGAUGGGAGUCCCGCAGAUCGCUGUGCAAAACUAAAAGUGGGAGACCGGAUCUUAGCAGUGAAUGGCCAGUCUAUCAUCAACAUGCCUCACGCUGACAUCGUGAAGCUCAUCAAGGAUGCAGGUCUUAGUGUCACCCUUCGCAUCAUUCCUCAGGAGGAGCUCAACAGCCCAGCCUCGGCACCCAGCUCAGAGAAGCACAGCCCCCUGGCCCAGCAGCACAGCCCCCUGGCCCAGCAGAGCCCUCUGGCCCAGCCCAGCCCGGCCACCCCCAACAGUCCUGUCGCCCAGCCAGCUCCCCCUCAGCCACUUCAGCUGCAAGGACAUGAAAACAGUUACAGGUCAGAAGUAAAAGCAAGGCAAGACGUGAAACCAGAUAUCCGACAGCCUCCGUUCACGGACUACAGGCAGCCCCCACUGGACUACCGGCAGCCCCCAGGAGGGGACUAUCUGCAAGCCCCGCCCUUGGACUACAGGCAGCCCUCCCCUGACACCAGGCAGUUCCCUCUGUCAGACUACAGGCAGCCCCAGGAUUUUGAUUAUUUCACUGUGGACAUGGAGAAAGGAGCCAAAGGAUUUGGAUUCAGUAUUCGUGGAGGAAGGGAGUACAAAAUGGAUUUGUACGUGUUGAGAUUGGCAGAAGAUGGGCCAGCAAUAAGAAAUGGAAGGAUGAGGGUAGGAGAUCAGAUCAUUGAAAUCAAUGGGGAGAGCACCAGAGACAUGACACACGCCAGAGCAAUAGAGCUCAUCAAAUCUGGAGGAAGAAGAGUCAGGCUACUGCUGAAGCGCGGGACGGGGCAGGUCCCAGAGUAUGACGAUUCCAGCUCCUGGAGUUCUCCCGCUGCCGCCUCCCCAGGUCUGCCGGAAGUAGGCGUCUCCCUCGAGGACAUCCUCUCUCCAUUCUCUCCAUCACAUCCAGCCCCACCAUCCGACCCUAACAACCAGAUAAGCCCAGACCCAACUUGGGAUAUCAAAAGGGAACACGACGUUAGGAAACCAAAGGAGCUUUCAGCCGGCAGCCAGAAGAAGCAGCGCCUCGGGGAGCAGAGCGAGCUUUCGGCAAGCCCGCAGAGGGCCGUGCAGCCGAGGCUCACGGAGGUGCCUGGUGGCCAGGGGCAGCCUGAGGCCAGCAGGCCCUCCUCAGAGGCCAGGGCACCCGGGCCCACAGCAGUGGACGCAGCGCGGGCCAGCAGCAAGGAGGGGCUGCAUGUCACAGUGGGCCCCGAGCUUGGCCGGCGCGAAGGCCCUGGAGUGGCACCUGCGUUUGUGGGCCCAGGCCGCGGCAGGGGUGUGCGGGAGGCUGAGGGCAGGGCAGGCACACGUGUGGGGCCCAGGCCCCCGGGGGGAACCCCUGCGCGCAAGGCUGCUGUCGCGCCAGGGCCCUGGAAGGUGCCAGGCUCCGACAAGCUGCCGGGCAUCCUCAAACCCGGCGCCUCGGCUGCAGGCAGAUGA